AUGGAGGAGGCCCCACUUCCGGAUUAUGGUGGCGACGGUGUUGAUUAUAGUUAUCUAUUUGCAACAAAUGAAAUAUUCGAUGGAUUUGAAAACGCAGCGAAUUGGGCAAAGCAAGUGGCUAUCGGAUCGGGGUUCAUAUUGAUAAGUAGCUCGUACAAAACGACGCAAAAAGAUGGUCGUAAGUACCGCUACUUGAAAUGCGAUCGGGGAAGGAGGGAAAACAAUUGUAGGGAUCCAGAGACCGCAAAACGACCAAACACAAAGAGUAAGGCAUGUGGUUGUCGGUUUAUGAUUAAGUGUGAACAACAACGAGUAGAAGAAGAUAAUUGGGUUAUUGAGUUGCUUCAUGAUCGUGGCACACAUAAUCACACAUUGAUUGUAUAUCCCGAGGGUCACCAUGGUGUUAGUGGUCUUAGUCAGGGUGCAAAGGAAGUUGUUCGCGAGAUGAACGAUGCACAAGCUAAGCCAAAAAAUAUUAUGGUGGCCAUUAAAAACAAGUUUCCAGAUGAACAUCCCAACAUGAGGCACAUUUACAACUUCAAAGAAAAGAUGAGACGAGAAGGUUCAGAAGGAAGAAACGUUGCUGAGCAGAUGUUGCAUCUAGCCAGAGAGCACGACUACAUAAACUGGGUCUCUUGCAGUGACCGUACGAGUAAAGUCAUAAACCGCGCAUUCUUAGCUCACCCUGCAAUGGUGGAGGUGUUACGCACAUAUCCACUGGUUAUUGGUUUGGAUUCGACGUACAAGACUAACAGAUAUGGAUUUCCUUUCUUGGAGAUUGUUGGUGUGACACCGACAAAUCAGAAUUUCCUAAUCGCCUAUGCAUUUAUGAAAGACGAGACUGCAGCGAGCUACCGUUGGGUGUUACAGAAGUUGAAGCUGCUCCUCGGGGAUGGUGUCAUUCCCUCGGCAAUAUUGACGGACAAAGAGGGUGGUCUAAUGAGACCUGUUGCCGAGGUUUUUCCAAAUUCCAGACAUUUGCUAUGUACUUGGCAUAUCAACAACGACGUGGAGGCCCGCGUAUCAUUUUUGUGCAACAAGAACAAGGACGUUGGUCGGGCGUUCAAGAACGGAGUUUGGAAAAGAAUCAUGGAGGCGUCGACUGUGGAAGAAUAUGACCGUGCAGUUGCAAGAAUGGAAGAUCGCUAUGUAAGAUGGCAGAGCGUUAUCUAUUAUGUGCACAACACAUGGCUUACUGAUCAUAGGCAGAUGUUUGUUCUAGCUUGGACGAAUGAGGUCCUUCACUUUGGAAACAUAACGACUUGUAGGGUCGAGAGUCAACACUCUGUCGUAAAGAGUUGGCUUGGAAGUUCGCAAGGGUCACUGGACACUGUUUUUAGAAAAGUGCAUGCUUCUAUCAUUAACCAAGUUACAGAGAUUAAAAAUGGAUUAGAGAGUUCAAGGCGGCGACAUGGUGCGUUAUUCAAGAGUUAUCUAUACCAACACCUUGUUGGUCGUGUGUCCCAUCAUGCUUUGGAGCUUAUUUUGGAAGAACAUACGAGGAUGCGACAGUUAAGUACCGAAGUUUUUGAGAGGUGUGGUUGUGCUAAAUUGUCCACUCAUGGACUCCCAUGUGCUUGCAACAUAUAUAUGGCGGUCCAAGGUGGAGUUGGUUUGUAUCUUGACCUUGUCCAUCGAUUUUGGAGGACCUUGGAGAUCGGAGAUGGGGCAGACAUUCCUGAGUUUGUGGAGGAGUCCGCACAAGUCGUUGAGCUAUUCCGAUCCCUUGUCGAUGACGUGUUAGCUCGAGAUAUUGCAGUUGUCCGAGAUAUUUCGAGAAUCGUUCACGAUGAGUUGCAUCCCGAGAAUGCGGGUUUUGAGGAACCGGAACCCAACUUAACUAGGAGAGGGAGACCAAGGAAACAAAGAAACUCCACUACAAGGAAUCUCAGUUUUGUCGAACAUGUGCGUAAUAUGGGUCCUCGUCGGAGUUGUGAUCAAGGGUCGUCGUCAAUGAGCACCCAACAAACGAGGUCCUCAUUAGGAAGCUAUAUGAGCAUUGAUCUAAUCCCGCCUGGUUUCAAAGAGUGGUUACCUCAAUUCAUGUUGCAGUAUAUUAGAGGAUACUGUGAUGUAAUCCCUGACGGGAACUGCGGAUUCCGAUGUGCCGCAGAGUUUUUCUUGGGUGAUCAAGAACGAUAUGGUGAGAUUCGAUCAAUGCUUGUUGGAGAGAUCGGAAAGCUUGAACAAUACCGCCAUGUAUACCGUCCUGAUUCUAUUGCUAAUGUCUCGUGGCGUAUAAAUUGGAGAGGUGGAUGGUGUGGAGAGGAACAUUGGAUGAUUACCGAUUGUGACUUGUGGCCUCUUGCCACACACUUCAAUGCGGUCGUUGUCAUCUUGAGUAUCGGCAAUCGUGGUGGUUUAUUUCCUAACUUCACUAUUCUUCCAUUGGAAAACAGGUAUGAAUCCACGAGGCCAACCAAAGAUAUCGUGUUGGCAUUUGUAAAUACCAAUCACUAUAUUCUUCUGGAUUUGACUCCUGAUUUUCCGUUACCAACCAUUCCAUCGCGUUGGAGAGAAUUGGCAGAUUAUAGCGUUCUUGAAUGGGAAUCAAGAUAUCAGACUAGGAGACAAGCUUGGGAUCGAUAUUCAGAUGAGUUUAAUUUUAGGAGGGGUAGAUCAUAG